UGUGUAGGAACUAUUAGCAGAGUGACACAGCUGCCUUACAGAACUACUUGCAAAUUCAAGAAAUCUGUGGAGUACCCUGUUGUAGCUGAUUCUUCAAGAAGAGCUUUCUCAUCUCACUGAAUCAACAGAGAAUUACAGGAGUCAAAAUGAAAUUCAUCUUCCAAUCCUUCCUCUAUGGCUGUCUGCUGGCGACAGUAGCUCACUGUGUGGAACUUGAAGUGAAUCCAGAGUUGAAAAAGAGGCUAAGCAUAUGGCUUGGGAGCAGACUGAGACGGGAUCUUAACAGUGUGUCUGUAGAGAAGAUAGCAGAGUCUGAGCAUCUGGUCAGACCAGAAGAUAUCAGGGAUACCUUGGUGCCACAUUCCAGCACUGACAUCCAUGUCCGAACCAAGAGGUCUAAGGGCUCAGCCACCCAGUCGAGAAGACAAGGUUGUUCUCUGGGCACCUGCACAGUGCAUGACCUGGCACACCGCCUGCACCAGCUCAAUAACAAGAUGAAGAUUGGGAGCGCCCCUGUUGACAAGAUCAGCCCACAGGGAUAUGGCCGGAGGCGUCGCUCUCUUCCCGACCGCAGAGUCUCUCUGAGGCUGGACCAGGGCAGGCUGAGGCCCAUGUGGAGCAAGAUUGGCUCACAAGUCCACAAGCUUGAGGCUCUCCUCAGAAGGACAUGAGCAGGACUUUGCAGAAGGAGUUUGGAACCAAAGCGAUAGGACUUAGCGUCCUCUCUGCUCUCCUCUAAAAUUCUCCAAAUGCCUCAGACUCUUGCCAAGUAUUCUCCAGCACAUUUUCCAGGCAUGAGGACUGAGUCAGAGCUAGACUGGCUGCACUGAGUGUCUCUAAAAGCUGAGUCCUGCAGCUCAGUGAUGUUGAACAUGCAGCUGGCUAAAAGACACUGGAUAGCACAGUGUGGAGUAACCUAAGGUGCUGCUCUCUGCUUGGCAGAAGGAAAGGAAGAGUGCUAAAACCUGGCCAAGUGGAUCUCCUCUGGCCUAAGGAGGGAACUCUCUUUCUGGGACUAAACACACACUUUUCCUCAAGGCCAGGACUUUGAUAAGUGCUAUCCUCUGAGGAUUACACCACCAUGUUCCAUCAAACUGUCAGUACUUGUCUGCACUUUUCCAUUUGGACUUCAAGUCAAAUGAAUUAUCAGGAAAAAGACAUCAUCUUCACAAUGCCAAAUAGGGAGAAGCUACAGAGCUCUGAAGCUCCCAGUCUAUAUCAUGUUUGGACACUGUAUAAGGGAAAUGCCUUAGAUUCUGUGAUAUAUGUGCCAGUCCACAAUGGACUGAAAUAUACUUGAAAAUGUUUUAUUUUUUUGUACAAACACAUGUGCAAUCUAUAUUUGUUUUUUUUAUUGCAGGUAUAUGUAUAUAUGAAUCCCUUUAUUUAAAUAUUAUAUAGAGGUUACAUUAAAGUACUUAUGCAGAUAGAACUAUUUUUGUACAGGAAGAAAUAUAUAUGGGCAUUGUAGCUAUUUGUCAUUAUUCUUUUGCAAACUGUGGUAAUAGGAUAUUGUUUUAUAGGUAUAUUAUAUAUUUGUAAAUGUGUUCUAUUUUAUUUGUGUCAAAGCAAUAAACAUUGUCAUUCAAUAAACAUUUUGCAUACAAAAUCUAAAA